AGAACUCCAAAUUCCACGCCGAUCCGCCCCCACCACUACUCCACCGCGCGCCUCCCCUCCCGAAUCCCGAUCCAUCUCCAUCCAGCCGCCGCCGGCAUCCGCGAGAGGCCAUGGACGUGAGCAGGAAGAAGAAGUGGGUGGCCUGGGCGGUGGCGGCCGCCAUCUUCGUCGUCCUCAUGCUCGUCACGCCCGCCAUCCCGCAGGACGAAGCCUACCACGACUUCGCGGACCAGCGCACCCUUUUCUUAGGGAUUCCCAACACCUUGAAUGUGAUCUCAAACAUCCCUUUCUUCUUUGUUGGCGUCACGGGGCUCAUCCUGUGCCACUUCAACAACUAUUUCAGGCUAAGCUCGCAGGGGGAGCUCUGGAGUUGGACGCUGUUCUUUGCUGGUGUCACGGCUGUUGGAUUUGGUUCUUCCUAUUAUCAUCUCAACCCGAAUGACGCCACCCUAGUUUGGGACAGACUGCCAAUGACGAUUGCUUUCACUUCUGUCAUGGCUAUAUUCAUUAUUGAAAGGGUUGAUGAUAGAGCAGGGGCAAAAUCCCUUGCACCACUUGUGAUUGCGGGUGCCUUGAGCAUCAUGUAUUGGAGACACUUUGAUGAUCUUCGCCCGUACGCAGUAGUUCAGUUUGUUCCAUGCAUUGCUUUACCUGUGAUGGCUAUAGUAAUUCCACCGAUGUAUACACAUUCAAGCUACUGGUUGUGGGCAGCAGGAUUUUACCUCCUUGCUAAAGUGGAAGAGGCUGCUGACAAAACUAUCUACAAUUGGACUCAUCAGAUUGUUAGUGGUCAUACUCUUAAGCAUCUAUGUGCUGCGAUGGUACCGGUUUUCCUGGCUCUCAUGCUAGCUAAAAGGACUACCGAACCAGAAAGGAUAAGCUUGCUCCAGAAGUGGAAGACCAGUUGGGUUGCGGUGAGAGAGAGGCGUUUCAAAGAUAGCAGUACAGUUGAUGUGGAUUGCGGCUACGCUGUUGUUUCAAGUAUAUCUGAACAGUAAAUUGUCAUGCAUCUAAUUAACAUGCACGUUGUUUCAAGUAUUAGCAUGCAUGCUGCGCAUGUGUAUGAGAGAAGAUCCCUGUGAAGUAUUAAGAAACCAACCUACCUAGUUGAGUUUGCUGGUCGGAGUUAGCUGUGCCUGUGGGUGACAUAUCUUGUACAUAGCAGAAAGCAAUACAAGUAACGGAAGCAUGUAUUACAAGAUUUGCGUAUAUCAUUUCAAUUUUUUUCCU